UAUUUAUCUGGGUUUUGAAGUUAGUGCUGUAAAAUUUGCAAAACAGUGUCACCUAUUGAGACAAAUAAAUUUUAUUGAAGAGUGCUGGCUUUCUGACUACGACUACGCAGUAAGUGCUGCUCAUAUACAUUACCUGUGUCCAUGGGCACGCUCGUUUCAAUAAACUUUAUUGACAACAAACACUGCUUUAUUAUAUCUUGUCUAUAUGGUGUAGAGACUGUGCACGGUGUAACCGUGAAGGGUAGCGCUGUUGGCGGCGAGCAAGAGGUUUAUAUGUAUGUAUAUACAAUAUAUACCUCUGGUCUCCAAACUGUGGACCUCCACCUGUUGCAAAACUACAACUCCCAGCAUGCCCGGACAGCCAACGGCUGUCCGGGCAUGUUGGGAGUUGUAGUUUUGCAUCAUCUUGAGGUCCCUUAGUUUACUAAAGCAUGAUAGUCCUGAAAAAUGUUCAAAAAGCGUCACAGAUUGUGCUGGAUAAAACUUAUUGAAAACUGCAUGCUCUCUGACUACGACUACGCAGUCCGUGCCAUUCAGAUAUGUUCACUGCAUCCAUGUUCGUCUCAAUAAACUUUAUUGACAAUAAGCAGCAGUCUCCCCACGAGGCCUUCUCCUCCCCCCUCCCUCAUGGAGAUUUUCUGUAAUUCUGGCCACGUGUUAACCACACACCUCCCAACGUGUAGUGUGAACAUCUCAGUUGUGGCCGCUGUCAGGAACUCCGAGAAAAUAGCCACAGCGACGCCUGAGUCAUACGUCGCCUUCUGUCGUGUGGUUAGGAGGCCCAUGUGACUUUUGAGAAGACUCUCUGUUAUGGUGGGGGGGGGGUGGGUAUUACCAGAAGCCUUGGGCUGGCAGUAGCUUCUGGUAAUGGGAGGACAAUGGCAGCUCCACUGGUCAGGGUGUGAGGUGGAUCUUUGGGUGAGGGAGGCCUCAGGUCAUUAUGGGCGGAGCUAAAAGGUUCUGGGUUCCUAUCUGGUGGGACCGAUGAGAUUUAGUCAUGGUGUCAUGGCUGAUGCUGUAUGUGGCCGUACAUCAUCUCUCAUGUAAAGUCAUGCUGCAGGCUAAGAUCGUCCAUCUUGGAGGUUGUCAUGGUAACAUUGGUAAGUGUGUCAGGGCAGGAGGCAGUGACCGGACAACUUCACCGUGUGCCAUUCGGUCUGGAGAUGAUUACCGCCAUCAUUGACUCCGUCACCGCCAAGUCAGGGAAGGACAGGGCAUGUUUCGAAAAGUUGUACCAACUGGGAGCCGAGCUGGGACACGGAGGAUUCGGUACUGUGUACGGGGCGUGGAGACUGACGGACCACAAGGAGGUGGCCGUGAAGCAUAUCAGGAAGAGUCGUGUCAUGGAGUGGGCACAGCUGGGUAAUUUCCCCCGGGUGCCCAUGGAAGUAUAUCUGAUGCUGAAGGUGAAAGGUCAUCCUGGCAUCGUUGAACUCCUGGACUGGUUCGAGACCCCGGACGGCUUCCUGCUGGUGAUGGAGAUGCCGGAACACUGCCGGGACCUGUUCGACGUCAUCACCGAGCAAGGUCCCCUGGAGGAAGACGUUGCGCGCAGCCUGUUCCGGCAGGUGGUGGACGCCGUGGCGCACUGUCACACCCAAGGGGUCACCCAUCGGGACAUCAAAGACGAAAACCUCUUACUCAACACCCAGACGGGGCAGGUCAAGCUCAUCGAUUUCGGCUCUGGGGCUCUGCUCCAUGAUUCCACCUACAGUAACUUUGAUGGAACACGAGUAUACAGCCCCCCAGAAUGGAUUGCCUUUCGGAGGUACAAGGCGCUGCCAGCCACCGUGUGGUCUCUGGGUAUCCUGCUGUACGACAUGGUGUGCGGGGACAUCCCCUUCGAAAGAGACCAAGAAAUCCUACAAGCUCAAGUCCUCUUCAGGACCAGCGUGUCUCCAGAAUGUGAAAGUUUAGUCCACUGGUGCUUAUCCACGUGCCCCUCCGAGCGUCCAUCUCUAGAACAGAUUCUUCAGCAUCCCUGGAUGAAGGACGUAUGCACGUAAAAGAAGGCUUGUCCAACGCCGAGAGCCGCCGCUGCCAGACGCCGUUCUGGCUACCCACAGGGCCCCCGUAUACUGUAGUCAAGCACUAAAUGGCUACCUGCGAUGUCCCGGACGGCAGAUGCUACCAUUCCGGACACAGUUUUUGUGGGUCCUGGGAGAGGGACCCGGGGCCGGGAAGGACAAUAAAGUUAAUUGGACAAACUAUAGUGACAUUUGCAGGAUGUCCUGAAGACGCUGCCAGCGCCGUGCCGCGGGUUACACCCUGCCGUGACUCAUGGUUUGUGCAAACAGGAAAGAAGUUUAAUGAAGUUCCUGGUUUUACAGGACAAUCUCGCUGGGAUGUGAUAGAUUUGGGGGGGGGG